CGGCGGGGGGCGGGACUUCGCGGAGGUCAGCUGAUCCCGGCGGGCUCGGAUCCUGAAGCUGACACCGGCUGUGGAUCUUGAACUGGUUGUCAUGCACGCAGAGUGACCACAUAGGAACUCUGUGCAGGUGGCAAGGACUGAGAGGGUGUCUUUCUUCCUGCUCCUUCAACCAGCCAUACUCUGGCUUGGGCUGUGGCUUCCUUGUAGGAUAAACCUUUGCCAGCCUCUGACCCCUUGGCUGUGUUCAUACACCUGUACCUUCUUUCCCGCUGAGACCCUCCCUCUGCAGCCAUGGUCUGGAGGACACUGGGCGCCAGCAACUUUUCCACCUGUCCCAAUGGCUCUGUCCAGUGGAUCUGGGAUGUGUUUGGUGAAUGUGCCCAGGAUGGCUGGGAUGAGGCCAGCGUGGGCCUGGGCUUGGUCUCCAUUCUCUGCUUCGCUGCGUCUACCUUCCCCCAGUACAUCAAAGCCUGCAAGACAGGCAACAUGGACCAGGCCCUAUCACUGUGGUUCCUGCUGGGCUGGAUCGGUGGAGAUUCCUGCAACCUCAUUGGCUCCUUUCUGGCAGACCAGCUACCCCUGCAGACCUACACGGCUGUGUAUUAUGUCCUGGCCGACCUGAUGAUGCUGACGCUGUACUUCCAUUAUAAGUUCAAGAAGCGACCUUCUCCGUUGUCUGCCCCUAUCAAUUCUGUGCUCUUGUUCAUCUUGGGGACGGUGUGUAUCACACCACUGUUGAGCAGCACUGAUCCUGUGGCUGUCCCCAGGGAAGGCUUCCGGGGGCGGACACUCCUGUCUGUGGAGCCAGGCAAUAAGCCCUUCACAAAGAAGGAGGUCAUCGGCUUUGUCAUCGGCUCCGCCUCCAGCUUGCUGUACCUGCUCUCGAGGCUGCCUCAGAUUCGCACCAAUUUCAUACGGCAGUCAACCCAAGGCAUCUCCUACUCGCUGUUCGCACUGGUGAUGCUGGGGAACACGCUGUACGGGCUCAGCGUGCUGCUCAAGAACCCCGAGGUGGGCCAGAGUGAGGGCAGCUACCUGCUGCACCACCUGCCCUGGCUCGUGGGCAGCCUGGGGGUGCUGCUGCUCGACACCAUCGUAUCCUUCAAAGCGUGUGAUGUUGGCACCGUUGUGUGGGCAAGACGGCCUCUGCUUCAGUGUGCACAUCCCUGCCAGCCCACCCCUCUGUCUACAUACUCAUCCACCUGUCCAUUAGCACAUUCACCUAUUCGUCCGUGUGUCCUUCCAUCUACAAUCCAGCCUUUAACCACCCUUCAUUUACCCAUCCAACCUCAUCCACCCACCCAUCACCCACUUAGACACCUAUCCAUCUAUGCACUCACCUAAUCAUACACACAUCCCAUUUGUCCACCCAUCCUUCAUCUAUAAUCCAACAUUUCAUCCAACCUCCAUUUACCUGUCCAUCCCCAUCCAUCUACCCACCGUCUGUCCAUCAUCCAUCCAUCCAUCUACCCACCCAUCCAUUAUCUAUCCAUCCACCCAUCUACCCAUCUUCCAGUGUAUCUGCCCAUCCAGUCUCCCACCCACCUGUCCAUUCACUCGACUACCCAUUCAGUUUCCCAUUUAUCCAUCCAUUUAUUCACCCACACCCACCCAUCCACCCAUCUGUGUGUCCAUCAGUCCAUCCAUGAUGGGUGGACCCAGCCAGGACCAGUCCCAUCAGUGAGCAAGGACAGAGCGUGCACUAGGUUUUGGGGUGGUUACCUAACUUCAGUGGCACCCAGCGCCGUGGAGUGAAUCACCACUGGACUCUCCUGGUUUGGGGGAGACAGAGGCCCCAGCAGGUCAUCGCACCGGGACUGGGGGAGAAGUUAUUCAGGCACAAGGGAACAGAGUCCCAGCACAGCCUGUGCAAAGGCCCCAAGGGACAGAAGAGUGUGUGCACUGUGGAAACGAGAGCUGAGUCAUGGAGACAAGCUUGUGUGGGCUUCACUCCUCUUCUCCGUUUCCUCCCUGAUGACAAGGGUGAACUGCCAGUCAGACCCUCAGGGUUUCAGUCACUGUCCCUGCUGGCAUCAGUGUCUGAACACCCUCUCCAUGUGACCUGUUAGUGUUGCCAAGUGGUUCAGCUGGACGUUAUUUGGCAAGAAGUAAACACGGUCUUUGUGUCAACAUUUGGAGAGUCCCAGUGGGACGUGGUGAGAGAGAAAAGCUUAAAGUCUAGAGGGCCCAUGUGGCCCAGCCUCUGGGUGUUGUAGGGAGGAAGAGCGCCCUAUUCCAGGGUCCCUGAUGGCAGAGUCAGGGCAUCAAGGAGGGCACUCGGUGGUGGGAGAGCAAGGCGACAGGAGCAGGGCUGGCCCAGUGUGGCUGCAGUACCUUAACAGUGUCCUCAGAUCUCCAUCCAGUUCCUGGUGUACAGAAGCCAUGAGACUGCUGCUGCCUCAGAGCGAGAGCCCCUCCUCCCCAGCUGAUCAUCGUCCUGGAUGAUGGGAACCUCAGCUGCCAAACCAGGAAGGAUGAGGUGUGGGCAGAGAUACUGCCGCCGCUGGACUGGGCCUAGGGGGCUGCCUGGAACUCUGGGCCUGGCUGCCUAGAACUCCUCCUGACCUUCAGACAGAUCUGGAGUUGGCUUGUGCUGCACAGGGGCAUACAUCUCAGGUGUAUGACAGCUGCCCGAGGAGCCUCUAGGGCACCCAUAGCUGAGACCCCAGAAGACGGUAUGGUCACCUCCCAUCUACCUACCUCAAUCUGACUGUACUCUUGGUUACAUCAUAGUCAGGGGACCCAGGGUUGUCCCUCUGACUGGAUACAACCUAGUAAAUGGUACCUUCCAGCUGGGCCUGUUUCUGCUGCUCCUUCCCGUGGUGCUUAGGGUCCAGGCAGGGAGAUAGGGGGACCAUGUGUAGCCUCCGUGGCCCUUGGCAUCCUGACUUGUAUCUCUCUGCCCUCUUGUACACAGACCUUACCCUGCUGUGACAUGGAGCAAAGGGGACACCAGUGGGCUCUUUGUUCGUGGGGCUCUGGAAGAAGCAGAUAACUAAGGGCAGGAUUUGGUUGAGCAUCACCAGGGGCACUUGGCAUGACCACACGACCACCCUCUGUGUCCUUGCCAAGGCUGCGUAGGUAGGGUGAGGCGGUUAGCCCAAAGGGAGAUGUGUAGUCAAGUGUCUCGCAGGAACUCAGUGACAGUUGCCUUUGAAGUAGAGCAGAGGGGCAGACUGGUGCCUUCCUGAAGAAGGUGGAGACCGGAAGAACAGAUGGAGGACAAAGCCAACAGGAGACAGGGCCCAGAGGUGAUGAGGACAGAGAGGAGGGAGAAAGGUUGCUCCCCGCUGUCUUUGUUACACCACCUUUUGGGGACAGAGGACCAGCCCCCUUCCUCGCUGGCCUCAGCUUACUCAUACAUUAUUGUAGGUGCAGAAAGUUAGAUGCAGGCCAGGGGCUACCUGCCAGAGACAAACAGGGCAGCCACCUCUGAGUGCUGUCUCAUUGUCUUUGCCCACAGCUAAAGAGAAGGUCCUGGCACAGACCCAGGUGAGGCAUGUGGUGCUCCUGGUCCCUACUCCCAGCCCACUGCUGCCCUCAGGUGAUCUUUCAGCUCCAUGCCAUCCUGGGACUUGGCGCUAUGCUAGUUUCCUAGGGCCAGAUGGCACCUUUUCCAAAUCCUGAAGAUCUGGGGCCUCAGUAAGGCACGUGACCCCAGGCGCAGGCCUGAACUGAAGCUGCACAGGCAGGAGAAAAUGAGAUGGCAGCCCUGCCCCUGGGUCUGUCAGGAGGGGUGACACUCCUUCGUGGGGGACUUGGCUUUGACAGAGGGGGUACAGUCUCAGAAAGAUUACAUUUCUCCAAACUUUGAUUUCUUCUGUCUUCUGGAAGCUUGCUCCAGUGCUCCAAGUAGGGGUCAGAGAAGAGGGCUUGCAGAACCUGGUGGCCUGGUUAUUAUAUCUGUUAGGUGAGGGCUUCACAGACUUAAGCAUCUCAAGCCUGUUUCCGCUCCCGGGAGCCGUGUGACUUAGGCCAGUUCCCUCUGUUUCCCUCUCCCACAACACUGGAAACAGCGUUACCGACCUCUGACCCUCGGCGCUGCCUGCAUGAGUUGUACGUUUGGUUUUAUGCCCCAGGAUCUGGCACAUGGGUGAAGAAAUGGUGACUACAUUACUGUCCCCAUCCAAGGGGAUGUAGACAUCUCAUACCUCCCUGGGGGACAGCCAUCUUGACUAACACAACCCUGCUGUCAUGAUGGCCCCACUGCUACUGAGAGCGAGAAACUCCACAGCUGGCUUCCACGUCUUCUCCCUGGCCCACACUUCUUGCUUCUUGCAGGUCAUGGAGUGGUGGGGUGCCCAUCCUGAUGUGGCCUGCCGUACAACAACAGGCUCCUCCUCAGCCUCGUGUGUGGACUUUCUGGUUCCAACCAGGCUCAGCCACAGAAAUGGAAAUCUCAUGCCAGGAGAGUCCCCCACGCCAGGAGAGUCCCCCUCGUCACUCUUAGGGAGGAAGUGGGGGGUGGGGGAGGAGGCUGGACCAUGUGCCUGCAAGUGGUUAUAUUGAGACAGGGCCUUCCGUAGCUCAGACCAGCCUAAAACCCACAAUCCUCCUGCCUCUGCUUCUGAGUACAGGGACUACACACAGGUGUAUGUCAUCAUGCCUGGCGUCUAUAAGAUGCCCUAGAGGAAAGCCCUCUCCUGUGCCUGGACCUCUACAGUAUUCACAGGGCUUUGCCUCCUCUUAAGUCGAGGGGCAGGGGAAGCUGGAGGCAGGAGAACUGGGCCUAGCCAGGCAAGGAAUCUCUACUUAUUAAUCAGACCUGGGGGUCCCUCUCCCCCUCCCCUCUCCUCCUCCCCUCUCCCCACCCUCCUCACCCUCUCUCUUUCCCUAACUAGGACAGUAUGGCCCCCAGGUCUCCUCUUCUCCAGGAAGGGGAGCAGUUCCAAAUCACCCUCCUCUGCCCCUUUUGUCUGACUCCCAGGGAAGUAAGGAGGUGUGAGCUCUAAGAGGAAGGCUUGAAGCUGUUCCCUCAUGGCUGGGACUGCUUUCCCCACAGGUUCCCAGGGCUCAGGUGGUAAGGUCCCCACCUGCCUCCCAGCCCUGCCCAAUAGCUCUAAGGACACAGCUAUCCCCAAUUCCACAUCCGAGUCAGACAACUGGGCAAAGAGCAUCUGUCUGUGCACCACUUUGUCCCCAGGAUACAGCAGAUGCUCAACAGGGUACCAGAGACACUGUCUGUCUGGAGGCUCUGGCGGAGGUGGAGACUGUCAUGCCACUAGCAAGCACGCCAACGACUUUACAGGGUGGUUUGUGAAUCAGAGCUUGAUUCGCGAUUUGGAAAGGCGUCUUGUUACCUGUACAGCUUUAAUAUUUGAAAGCAGUGUUAGAGGUAGUGAGAAUAUGAUUAUGUCUUGCAACAUUCCUGUGCAUGUCCAAUCCAGAGUAUGCAGAGGCCAGCUGUGUAGAAGGAGCUGUGCAGUGAAGCUGCUGCGGAAAGACAACAUUUGCUGGAGGGGAAACAUCUGCAGGGAUAAUACUUGGCCCACAGCACAUCUGUCCAGCCCAUUUUCCAAAUUGGAAAGUUUCUCAAAAGAGGCAGAGGUAAUGACAGGAGAGCGUCACUCUACCAAGAGUGACAGGUAGGGGCUUGGGGUGCAGCUCAGUUAGGAUAGGACUCACCCGGUGUGUGAGGUACUGGGUUUAACCCCCAGCAUGGCAAAAAUGGUGUGGUGGUGCAUGCUGGAAAUCCCAGCACUCAGGAGGCAGAGGCAAGAAGAUGAGUUCAAAGCCACCAUCCUUAAGUAUAUUGUGAGGCUAGCCUAGGCUACAUGAGUUUCUGUCUUAAAAAUAACAAAAUAAUAAUAAAAAAAAAACCAACAAAAUCCUAGAAAUAGUAAGUUGAAAUAAGGCACAAAAACAUCAAUGUAAAUAGAUCUCAGAGUUCUGUGGAUAUAAGAUGUUUAUAUUCUGCAUUUUAUGGUUUAUAAAAAUAAUUGUUGAAAACCAAGCUCUGUCAGGGCUGGAGAUAUUAUGUUUUGGUAGUUAAGAACAUCCUUUUUUUUUUUUUUUUUUUGAGACAGGGUUUCUGUGUAUAGCUCUGGCUGUCCUGGAACUCACUUUGUAGACCAGGCUGGCCUUGAACUCAGAAAUCCGCCUGCCUCUGCCUCCUGAGCGCUGGGAUUAAAGGCAUACGCCACUACGCCCGGCUUUUUUUUUUUUUUAAAGAGAUUUAUUUAUUAUAUGUAAGUGCACUGUAGCUGUCUUCAGAUGCACCAGAAGAGGGCGUCAGAUCUCAUUACAGAUGGUUGUAAACCACCAUGUGGUUGCUGGGAUUUGAACUCAGGACCUUCAGAAGAGCAGUCAAUGCUCUUAACCGCUGAGCCAUCUCUCCAGCCCAUGAACAUCCUAUUCUUGCAGAGGACCAGAGUUCAAUUCCCAGCACCCACAUCAGCUUACACCUGCAACUCCAGCUCUAAGUGAUCUGAUGACUGCCCUCCCCCAAUAAGUAAGAAAGAAAAUAGAAAAAUGGAAAAGAAAACCAAGGUCGGUGGCACAGGCUGAUCUCAGCACUGGGAGGCUGAGGCAGGAAGAACACACUGAAGGAUAGCUUGGGCUAUAAGGCAAGGUCAGCCUGGGCAACGUAGCAGACCCUUUCUCAAAGGUUCAAAAUAAAAAAAGAGCACAGUAAGGAGACACAGAACUUAUUUAUAGAGCCAGGAAAAAAAUAGCACUAACUAGUUUUUUUUUUUUUUUUUUUCUGGGCAACUAUCUGUGUACCUCAGGCUGACUUUGAAGCCUGUGGGUAGACAUGGACGAUCCCGCCUCCAUCUCCCAGGUGCUGGAAUCCCAGGCUCACACCACCAUCCCAGGCUCUGCAAUCUAUCUUGGCGUAUCUUGAUUACAGAGAACUCUACCCUUUAAGCAGCAGGCUCAGACAAUCGUGAGUUUGCUCUCUAGUGACUUAAGCAUGUUAUAUCGCACGCAGACAGACCCAGAUCCCAAAGAGAGGCAACCCAUACAGCAAAGCUUGCCCCUCAGUAGAAUGAUGCAUCUUUCCUAACUCACAAGUAGCCCUACACAGGUGUCCCAGCCAGAGCUAAACAGCUUGCUUGGUGUAGUGGCACAGGCUCUGAAUCCCAGCACUCAGAGGCAGGCUGAUCUCUAUGAGUUCAAGGCCAGCUUGGUCUUCAUGGUGAGUUCCAGGCCAGCCAGGGCUCAGCAACUGUACAGUGACAUUAAGUGCCAGCCUGCAUAGACCCUGUGACAGGAGGAGUCUGUUGAGUGUUUCCUACUGUUCUCUGCUGUCUUGCCUGAUGCUGAUCUAAUAAACUCUCUCCUGCCCUUU